AGUCACUGCAAAAGCCAGUUCUCCAUAUCACUGGAGCUGCGCCCUGAACGCGUUAUCUUUGGAUGGGAUACGGCGAAUUUGUAGCUGUAACUCGGCUGUUUUGAAGACAAGACGAUCCGCGGAUUUUCUCGUUUUAAAGAAAACAAAAAAACAACAACAAACAAACAAACAAACAAAAAAUUUGAAAACUUGCUUGCUUCGGUUUGAUGUGAGUUUUUUUUUUUUUUGUUGUUGCUGUGAACCAACCGUAGCUUUUUCUUGUUUUUACGGUCUUUAACAAGUUAGUUUUCAACGUGACGUUCAUUUAUUUAAAUGUUGUAGCUUUUGCAGCCAGUUUCUCAACCUGAAUCAUUCAGCGACUUUUCAGUUGCUGAAACACUAAAAACAGAAAAACGGCUUCUGCACUGAGGUAGCAGAGGAGGAGGAAAACCCCCCAAAAAACUCACAGAAUAUGGAGUCGACCAAAGCUGGAGGCGUAAUAGCCUAUAUCAGCUCAUCCAGCUCUUCCUCCAGCCCGGAGUCCUGUCACAGCGACUCCUCCAACGGCAGCUACCAGUCGUCCUCCCCACCCCACGGCUCCUCGCCCAGCCACCGCCAGCUGGGUCAGACGGCUGACCCCACACUCCUUGCCGGUGGCCAAAACCUUCCAGGGACCCAGAAAACCGGCCGCUCCUCCUCCUCUGCAAAAUGUGGCAUCACAAAAAUCAACGGCCUGGUGCUGCUGUGUAAGGUGUGUGGCGACGUGGCCUCUGGUUUCCACUAUGGCGUCCAUGCCUGCGAGGGCUGCAAGGGCUUCUUCAGGAGGAGCAUCCAACAGAACAUCCAGUAUAAGAAGUGCCUUAAGAACGAGAGCUGCCCCAUCAUGAGGAUCAACAGGAACCGCUGCCAGCAGUGCCGCUUCAAGAAAUGCCUGCUGGUGGGGAUGUCCAGAGACUCUGUGCGUUUUGGCCGAAUCCCUAAGCGGGAGAAACAGCGCAUGCUGCUGGAGAUGCAGAGUGCUAUGAACAACAUGAUGAACAACAGCCAGCUGCACAGCCAGCUGCACAGCAGCCAGACGCUACCUAUCACCAAACCACUGCCAGCCAGCACCACAGAACCUACCUCCGGGGACGCCGGCUCCGCCCCCUCCUGCUCUCCAUCCUCCUCACCGUGCUCCAGCCAAUCCGACUCCAGCUCGGACCCUGAGCCCACCGUGACGAUGGACACCAGCCCCAGCUCGGCCUCACCAAGUGCGUCCGACAGCGGGGAAGAGGAGGUGAUCGGCUCUGUGACCAGGGCCCACCAGGAGACCUUCAUGUACAACCAGGAGCGGAGCAGCCUGUCAGCUGAGGCCCCAGCCGCCACCGCCACCACCAUGGGGCCCCUGAACACCGGCUCUGAUCAAAACACCACUAACCUCUGGAAAGAAGAGCGGCAGGACGCCUGGAACCACCACAACAACAUGGUCACCAUGGCAGCGCAGGGCCCCUCCUCCGGCCUGGGUCCUCAGACCCCAGAGGGCAACACCCCCAACCACUGCCCUUUCAAACUGUCCAGGAGCGCUGGCAACCACUGUCCAGCCUACGCACACGGAGCUUUCAGAGCUGCAGCUACAGAGGGCCCGGCCAGCGGAGCCUACAGUGGGCACCAGUGGAGAGAAGGCAAAAGGAUGCACCUGGUUUGUCCGAUGAACACUUCUCCUCACGUGGACCCUCAGAAAUCUGGCCAUGAGGUGUGGGAGGAGUUCUCCCACAGCUUCACCCCCGCCGUCAGGGAGGUGGUGGAAUUUGCCAAGAAGAUCCCAGGCUUCAGAGAUCUGUCCCAGCACGACCAGGUCAGCCUGCUGAAGGCUGGCACCUUUGAGGUGUUGGUGGUUCGUUUUGCGUCUCUCUUUGAUGUGAAGGACCGCACCGUGACCUUUCUGGGUGGGAAGAAGUACAGCGUGGACACUCUGAGGGCCAUGGGGGCCAGCGACCUCCUCAACUCCAUGUUUGACUUCAGUGAGAAGCUCAUCAACCUGGGCCUCAGCGAGGAGGAGAUGAGCCUCUUCACUGCCGUGGUUCUGGUGUCUGCAGAUCGUUCUGGCAUUGAGAACGUGAACUCAGUGGAGGCCCUGCAGGAAACGCUGAUCCGUGCCCUGCGGAGCCUCAUCACCAAGAACCACCCCAACGAGUCGGCCAUCUUCACCAAGCUGCUGCUCAAACUGCCUGACCUGCGCUCGCUCAACAAUAUGCACUCUGAGCAGCUGCUGGCCUUCAAGGUCCAUUCCUGAAGUUUCCUCCAGUACUUGACUCCCAGACACAAACUGGAUCGGCCCGUGACCGAACCCGGAGGCCACCAGCUGGAGACCACCAGCUCCGCAACACCUCCCACCCACCCACCCACCCGACCACACCUGCACCUCCACACUUCUCCCUCGGGGCUUUUGGUUCUGUUCCUUCUGUCUAUAAAUUGAACUAUGGCUCAAAGCUGACAUUUAAAGGGGAGGGGGGGAUUGACCAUAAAAUGUUAUUGUACUGUACUGUAGGGCGUAACUGCCUGUGUGAUGGUAAUGCAUACAUACAGACACAUUGAUUGAUGUACAUGUUUCCUGUGUUUGUGUGUAGCAUACUGUACGUUUGCGACUGUACAAACGUUAGAAGCACUUUUCUGUAUAGUGUAGCCUGGUAUUUUUGCAUUCAUAGUGCAAUAUGUGACUUGCUUUUUGAUUUGAGCUGUAUAGUGAGGAGUCAAGAAACUUGUGUACAUUGUUCAGUGGCACACAUUAAUUGGGGGGAAGUUGUAAACAUAAAGAAAAAAAAAAAAAACUGGGAUACUGAUUGACUUGAGGUAAAAUCCUCUUCCAGCAGACGACAAUGAGAGGAAUGUGGACGUGAAGCUGCUAAAAGUCGCAGCUCCUCAAGUUUGGACAAAUCAAAGAAUGUUGUUUUAAUUUGAACGAUUUUGAGAAGCAAAAGAAGACAAGGUCUUAUUUUUAAGCUUUUUCAUGCAGUUCAGUCCCACUGUGCUGCGAUUCUGUCAAGUUGCAGGUUAUUUUUUCUAAAUUAUUCGGGGCAUUGUGACAAAUCAAAGGUAUCGGUGUCACUCUAUUGCUUUGGGAGACAAGGUUUCUACACAUGGAGCAGUGAAAAUGGAGAAACACUGAACCAAUGAAAUCCGAUUUUGGACUUUUAGCAUCUUCUCUUCUCUUAUAGAUCUAUUAUUUUUUUCCUUGAAGAAAAAAAAAAAAAAAACUUCUCUCUGAGAUUGUAGUGUCUGCUGUCCUACUUGUCCUGGUUCAUGUUGAGUUUCCUAGUCAGACACUUGAUGUUGCUGUUGGACACUGGAUGGCAGGGAAAACUUGUCUCGCUGUCACCAGCAACUCCCCCCACCUGCUUGAAUAAACGUUUCUGUUUUACAAAACUGUACAGACUUUAGCUGAGUGUAGUUAAACUGCAUAGGUAGGACUAUUCCACUUAAAAUAUGACUGUAAUAUCACUAAUGUGAUUGUAGUUUAAAGAAAUAAGCUGAGUCGAGGUGACAUCUGAGUUGCUGGUGUUCAGAUAUUUUUGCCAUCUUUUUUUUGUUCCGAUGUUGAAUUCAGAACAUCUGGCCUUUAAUAUCCAGAGCUUCUGUCAUUGUGUUAACAUGGCUGAAAUGUGGUUCUGUUCUCCUCUGUGAAAGGAUUGCAGUAUGCAUAGAUUUCUAUAUAAAUAUAUACAUACUAUCAAACAUACAUAACUGUAUAGAUGAAUAUAUCUAUAUAAAUAAAUUUUAUAAAUGCA